AGUAACAAAAAUUUGAUUUUAAAAAAGUGAGACAAAAAAAAAGAAAUUAAUUUACAAUCGGUAUUUCUUUUUUCAUCAGAGAUGAAAGAAAAAAUAAUUUCUCAUUUUACAAAAGUUCCGUGAAAAAAAGUAAAUUCUAAUAAAAACAAAAAGUGAAUUAAAGAAGAAGAAGAAGAAAAAAAAAAUGCAGGGCGUACUGAGUAUUCAAACAGCGCGUGGUUUUGGUGAAUCCAGUGAAUUUGUCACAAAACGUAGUUGUAUUUCAUUUUUAUUUGCCAUUGGAUUUUUGUGUCUUCUCGGUGGUUUUAUGCUUGGACGUUUUGCCGUUCAUCGAACAUUUAUGGCACGUGCUGAACGUACACGAUUGGAAUUUGCCAAUAAUGGCCUUGAAAUAACUGAAUAUUUUCAAAAUAGUAUCAUUGAAUUUCUUCAUGAUGGAAAAUUUUAUCAAAAUCACAGUCAACAAGAAAAUGAAAAUUUUCCCUAUAAUUUUUUUGCCGAAUUUCAACAUUUUUUCAAUUAUUACGAUCAAUAUAAAUCAUGUUCCAUUGGUAAAAUUCAAGGAUCAAGAGAAUCGGAUAGAUUUGUGAUUGUAUCGUCAAUUGAAAAGGAAUUUCAAAUAAUAAAGGAAAUAAUACGUAGUUUAAGUAAAAUUCAUAUUGAACAAAAUUGGCAUCCACGACGUACAAUUAUAUUUUGCCUAUGCCAUGAAUCGGCAAAUGAUUGUUAUCAUGAACUUUCUGAUUAUGUACAAACAAAAAUUAUUGCAUUUAUAACACAUGAGGCUGUUGAAAAUAAUUUUACAAAUAUUAAUAAUUAUUUAUUGUCCAAUGAAAAUUGUCUUCAUAUAACUGGAUCAAAUAUUGCAGCAACUGCCGUUCAACGUGCUGUUGAUUUUGUAAAAUUAUCAAAUUCAUUUAAUACAUGCAAUAAUGAACAAUUUUAUUCAUCGAAAGAAAUAAAUAUUCCACAAGCAAUUAUUUCAUUUGUGAAUUCAAAACAAAAUAACAAUUCACUUAUUAGAGAUGAUUUGGUAAAAAAUAGAAAAAUAAUUGCGCAAAUAAUUGCAUUAAGUGUUUGGAGAUUGUCGGAAAGUAUAAUUCUCCCAUGGAAUUCAAAAUAUUUGAAUGGAACACUUUUUCGAAAUCUUGUAAAAUUAGAACCGUCACGACUCUUCGAGAAUCAACAGUAUCAGAAGAUAAUAGAUUUAAAUAAAUUAAUGGACGAAAUUACCAGCUUCGUAGAAAAUCUCAAUUCUAUGGAAAUAAUCAAUCUCUUGGACGCAAGAAUUGCAAAUGAUCGACUAUUGGAUUUAGACAGAACUUUUCUUUGUCUCAGCAAUCAAGAAACAUUACAACGACUAAGAGAAUGUUAUAAAAAUUUAAAUGGAAUUUCCCGAGCUUGAAUAUUGUUGAUAUUUAUAAAUGUGAAGAAAAAAAUUCAAGCUUAGGUUACAUUCUCCAUUUUUUUUUUUUUUUUUUUUUUUUUUACAAGAAUAUUAUUGACUUGUAUUUUUAUUUUCCUCGUUUUUUUUUUUCUUAAGACAAAUUUUUACAAUUCUUCAAUAUUAUUUUUACAACGCAAUCUCAAAACAUAAAACAUAUGUUACAAAUAUAAAUAUAUAUUUAUAAAAUUUUAUAUAUAUAUAUAUAUAUAAAAUUAUAUAGCUAUUACACACAGUUUUCUAGGAAAAAAUACAAAUCUUUUUUAUUAUUCAUUUACACUCAACACAAAACUAAUAUAAAGAUUUUGUACUUUUUACAAAAAAAAAAAAAAAAAAUUUUAUCACAAAAUUGAUAGAGAAAAUAUUUUUAAGUCUUUAUACCUUUUAUUUAUGUAAAAAAAAAAAUUUAUAACUGAAAUAAUACGACAAAAAAUUUAUAAUAAUGAAAAAUUAUUAAUUAAUAAUUAUAAAUAUAUAUAUAUUAAUUUGUAUUUUAUAAAUUAAAAUAAAUUAUUUUCUCAACAAUCAGGAAUUAUUUGAUUU